AUGUCCAACGCCAAUACCUUCUGGGCUCGUCUUCCCCCCGAACUUCGGAAUGAGGUGCUCAGCAUUCUGUCGGGCCUCCACGGCGCUAAGUACAGCCAGCUUGCUACCAUUUCGCGAGAAUGGCAUUCCUUCUUCGAAACGUUGAUUUUUGCCGAGAUCAGCCUGACGCCAUCGCGCCUGUUCGAUCCUAACUCUACUGCUAUUCUCUUCCGCAAGAGAAGUCUCAUCCGUUACGUAUGGUUUCGCGUGGAACUGGAGAGCUACCAUUGUUACAAGUGCCCACUAGAUGUCGAUGAAAAUGGCAACGACGAGGACGAGGACGAGGACGAGGGCGUGGACGUUUUCGGCGAAAACCCAGCCGAUGACAAUCUGAUCGUGUAUGCUUUCCAGAGCUUGGCCGCGGCCCUUAGCACGUGGGAGCCGCGUAGCCACUUGGUUCUCGACAUCAGUGUCUCCUCGCCAAGCGAUGCGCUCCAUUGCUUCAAGUAUCUCAGCUUCCGCCCAGACACCCACCUUGGCGAGUUCUCGUCGCUGUUACAGCGCAGCAGCGGGGAUGACCAGCAAAGGAUCACGACCAUCCACGACCCGCCUCACGGCUGGGUCGCUGGGCGGCAAACUGCCGCUCCCCACGAGCGCUCUAUCUACAACUCCUUCGACGAGAUCAUGAGCCAGGCAUCAUUUCUAGACGAGGAACAGGAGAUCCGGUGGUGGCGGUCGAUGCCCCUCAUGCCUGCGGUCACGGCCGUGCUCCUCCGCCAGCAAACCCGUCGUCAAUGGUGGCCAGCCACCCUCGCAAGCAUGCUCACGCGCUUCCCCAACAUGACGGAGCUUUGCUACGAGCCUUGGAGAGAAUGGAGCCAGUCACAGCAACUGAAUGAUCAACUUACCCACCAAUUCAUUGACUCGCUUCACAAGACGAAACAAUCGAAGCUGACAAUUUUCGAAAACUUCAAUGAGGCGUACACGGUAAGCUUUCCCUCUUGCCCCGCUAUCAGGGUGCCAAUUACUGUUGUAAGCCAUAAACUCGCGAGCGCUAGUGUGCAACUCACGGAGCUUUCAGCCUCAUUCAAGGUCAAUGCUAGCUGCUUCUUCUGGGCGAGCAAGAGAUUUUCAUUGGAGUGGAGAAACCUCACACGUCUAGCGUUGACAGCGAGGGCACUCGCCGGAGAUGAGGACUUCGAAGACAUCAGCAGCAUGCUACGAAACGCCGCAGGUGCUGCGCUGAAGAUGCCGAAGCUUGAGACGAUGGAACUUUGGAAUGGCAGGCAAGGCGUGGCGAUGCUGUUCCGCUACCAGAAGGCUCGGGACGGGCAAUCGGCAGUCAUCAUCGUUCGGGGGACGCUCAAGCUUGCUCUGGGGUCUGCGGUUACCGAAGCUUGGGAAGCGGUCGCCCUCCGGUAUCGUCAUGGCAGGGUUGUUGUACAGAGCUCAUUGAUCAACCCAGAUGCUAUCCGGUCCCAUGGUGAUGCGAUACGCCAGCUGGGACUCUCUGUGGAGGUUAUCAGGCCUGUCUCGCUGCAGCAGAUCAUUGAAGAGCAUCAGAUUCGGGAAGGGCUGACGACUAGUUGA